AGGAGAUCCUAAUGUGAUCCAGCGCUGCCGAUCCACCCUGCUGCUCCAGGAUUCUGCCGCCAUCGACCAGUGAACAUGGAGAUGCCCCUCAUGGAUCACGUCCGCCACUCACUCAUGAUUGACAGGAACAAAGACGUGAUUAUAGACAAGCUCCUGAAUCUGACGCUGGAGAUUAUCUGCCUGCUGACCGGAGAGGAUUAUGUCGUUGUGAGGAAAUCCGGGGACCAAUGUGCGUCGGAGAAGAGGGGGCGUCGUGUGUCAGACAAGUGCAGCGAGGCCCAGAGUCUAGUCACAGGUGGUUCUCUUCCAACUCCAGUGACAGAGGAGAAUCCUGCCCGGAGGAUCCAGGGACGGGCCAAGAAUCAUCACUCAGACACUAAAGAGUUGCCCAUAAAGUCUGAGGAUGCCGACGUCUCCGCUUGGGACUAUGCAGCGGAGCAGAAGGACGUUGUGGUGGUCAGUGGUCCGGAGUGGCGCUCCGCAGCCGGAAAUUCUGCCCCAAUUCCAGUGAGAAUUUUGGAGCCGAGUGUUGCUGGUCAUCAGGACCCUACAGACCCCAAAGCAAGUUACAUACCAGCUGCACAUAGCACCGAAAGUCCCCCCAGAAAAUGUCGGACCCCCCUGGGUUCUCAGGAGUGUAUCACGCAGGAGCACCAGGCUGAGCCGCCGGGGGAUGGGAUGCUUCAUCAGGAGUGUAAGGAGGAGGAAGACGCGGCCAUUCCUGGUGACGACGACUCAGGUGAAGAUGAUUCCACAGACCUCCAGGAGCGAUGCCGGAAUCCUGCCUCCUCCGAGGAUUUUAUAGAGGAAGAUAAUGAGAUGAUCUCACAGGAGUAUCCGUCCGAUGUCUAUGAUGGGUUAAUUCACCGGCCGUGUAAAGAGGAGGCAGGGCCUGAUUACAUAAACUCAGGUCCGGCCGGCUCCUCGCUCACCGCGGUGCUGAUUGGUCACUACUCACAGACCGAAGACCGAUUCCCCGAUCCCUCAGACCCGGCUGUCUGUCAGAAACCCCCCAGCGCUCCUCCUCUGCUCUUCUGCUCCAUCUGCGGCGUUCACUUCAGCUCAGAGACGGCAUUUGCCGCUCACCAGCGACUCCACGCGGAGGAGAAAUCCUACGACUGCGCCUACUGCGGUAAAUCCUUUAACCAGCGCUCGCGUCUCCUGUCGCACAAGAGGAAGCACACGGGGGAGAAGCCGUUCUCGUGUCCGGUGUGCGGGAGAUGUUUUGCAGAAAGAUCCGCGCUCGUUACCCAUCAGCGGAUCCACUCCGGAGAGAAACCCUUUAACUGUAAAGAAUGCGCCAGGAGCUUCGUCCAGAGAUCCAGCCUCGUCAAGCACCAGCGCAUUCACACCGGCGAGCGGCCGUUUGUGUGUUCUCAGUGCGGGCGCUGCUUCUCCCAGAGCUCCAAUCUUGUCCGACACCAAAGAAUACUCCACCAGUUUUUAUAGACGCCCCCAUCCCCCUUAUCUGACUGUUAUUUAUAAUGCUCUGCUCUAAAUCGGAGGAACGAUUUUUUAAGGGUGGCUAAAGAUGAGAACGCAACUGGUUAAAGGGGUUAUCCAAGAUCUAUAAUGCCCCCUAAAUGCCCGGGCCCCUCACACAGAUUGUACUUACCCUGAUGCCCGCACGGCCGCCGCUGCAUCUCCCCGUUGCGCCUUUAAUAAAACAUACGUGGGGACAGGACAUUAGCCAAUAGCCGGCUGUGACGGAAGCGUCAUCCGCGAUUCUAGGGAGGCUUGUUCCCAUCGCGGCCUGCUAUUGGCUAACCACCCCCCAUCGCGCGGAUCAAACAUCCGGCAGCAGUGGCCGUGCGGGCGUCAGAAGUGGCGCUGUUGCCAGGGAGUGGGGUAAGUACAAUCUGUGUGAGGGGCCCGGGCAUUUGGGGGGCAUUAUAGGGAGGGUCAGGCCGUUUCCAUCACUUACAGUUCCUCUGUGGAUUUUAAAGGGAUUUUCCAGGAGUAGAACAGUGAUAGCCUAUCCUGAGGAUAGCUCAUCGGUAACUGAUCGGUGGGGGUACAACUACUGGAGUUAGACCCCCACGGAUCAGACUCUGAUGACCUAUCCUGAGGAUGCAACUAAAGGUGGUAUGCAAGCUACACUGCGUGACCAAAAGUAUGUGCACCCCUGAACAGCAUCCCAUUGUGUUCCAAAUUCACGGUCUCAUCUGAGCCAUUGGUGGCAUUAAUCUGAGCUCUGGGACCCCCACCUAUCUCCGAAGCGGAAAGCCUGAAGCGAGCGGAGACAGCAACCAUCCAGUAGCCGAGCGAGCUCACCGAUAUCCGAAACCCCAGAAGUGAAAGUAGAGCACGGGGGCCUGUUCUGGAGAUAGACACGGGUGGGAGCCACACCUAUCUGACAUUGGUGGCAUAUCCUAGCGACCUCUCACCAAUGUCUCCGCUGGGACAAGCCCUUUAAUAAGGAAAUAGUUUCCCGUAGAUAUUUUAACACAAUCGGCCGGAUUUUCGAGCGUUCAGCCAGAAGUGCGUCACUCCAGUUGGGUGUUGAUGGGGUUGGAACUCCGUUACAGGGGGUUGCCUGGCCUAGGAGCAGACGAUGCCAACGGUCAGAAUCUGUGCCCAAUUUAAACAAACCCACUCACCGGUCUGCGGUUCUGUUCUUAUCCUCCAGGUUUCAGUCUCCGCUGGUGCUGUGACUGCAGAACCCAGUCACUGGCCUCAGCGGUACACGUCCGGGACGUGCUUGUGAUCAUUGCUUGGUCGCACCAGUCACGAGCCGUUUUUGGUCUGGCAGAGAACAGAAGAGGCUGGGAAAGGGGGCAGCGGUGCGGCACAGGGGAGCGGGCUUUUCUGUAUUGGGGCCACUAGCAACUAUGACGGACAAGCCCUUUAAGGCUAGGGCUACACGACGACGUGUCGCGCAACCAUUUUUAUAAUGAUAGUCUAUGCUGGGACUUUCUAAAAACAGCUGAUCGGCGGGGGUCUCGGACCCCCACCAAUCACAUACGGAUGACCUAUCAUGACGAUGGGUCAUCAAUAUUAAAAUCUCGGACAAUCCCUUUAACUUGACAACAAGUGACCCACCUCCAUAGAACCAUCUUCCUUUUCCAGCUGCCACAUGGAAUUGAGUAUGAGGAGACCCCGACCCAUGGGCCUCUGUCGUACCCGAGAACCCUAUGGAUUUCAGCACUGGUUGGUCCUCUUCUGGACAUCUAAACCUGCCAGUAACUGCUCUUACUGGUGACCAGUUGGCAUGUGCAGGGCAGGAACGUGAUGAACCGAGAGGUGGUUGGCCUCUUCACCAUGAGACCUGGUCUACUACUGGACUCUGCACAAUGGAGGUUUCAGAACCUCGUGGUAGGAGGGGGGCACAUACUUUUGGCUACAAGAAGCUUUAGGGCACCAGUAGAAGGCGAUACACCCUAAGGGAACAUCUGGCAUCCUGGAAACACAGCAUCAUAAGGAUCUGACCCUCAGACCCCCGGUUGGGCUGGGAUUGGCUGCAUUGUGGGUGUCUGAACGAGGCCUAUGGGUUUGCCCGUUAAAUGGCUGCCAUGUCUCGGUGGGGGCACUGGAUGGUCGUGGAAUAAUAGGCUGCAUUUUUAUGAAGAUCGAUAUCACCCCCAAAAUUGCUGCCUCUGCCUGUACGUAGUGUGUACAGAACCUGAUACAUGUUUUUAUAUCACCUGCUGCAGCUCUGGAUGCGACUGGAGUAUAGGCCACAAAUAAAGCUAAUUAUUGCCAGCAUUAUGUAUAUGGGUUUAAGGAGCUGCGUACCCAGUAAACUCGGACACUUCACACCUACAUCUUUGCCUUAA